CUUAUUGUUCAGUGAUAACUGCAGUGUCCCCAAAUCUGUGUUGAAGACUGCAGCCAAGUGACCAGCUGAUUGAUUUAGCGAGAGGCGAGACGAGACGAACCGAGACGAGACGAGACCUCCUCAAAAGUGUGGCCGAGUACCUCGGGUUCUGAGUCACCAUGAGCUGGAGCUUCUUAACCCGCCUCUUACAGGAAAUUCACAACCACUCGACAUUCGUGGGGAAAAUGUGGCUCACGGUCCUCGUGGUGUUCCGGAUCGUUCUCACUGCCGUUGGCGGCGAGUCCAUCUACUAUGAUGAGCAGAACAAGUUUGCCUGCAACACAAAACAGCCGGGCUGUGAGAACAUGUGCUACGAUACCUUCGCGCCGCUUUCGCAUGUCCGCUUCUGGGUAUUCCAUAUCAUUCUGGUGUCCACGCCCUCUGUGAUGUACCUCGGCUAUGCCGUCAACAAGAUUGCACGGUUGGAGGAAGGCAAAGAGGGCGUGGUUAGGAAAUCUUCCAAGAGCAGAAAGUUUGACCUGGACAGACGUCAGAACCGAGGUCUGGAGGACGCCGAAGAGGACCAGGAGGAAGAUCCGAUGCUUUACGACGUGACCGUCGAAACGGAAAUCCAGAACGACAGUACACCUUCGGGUGCGACGGGAAGUGGUACGAAAGCGCGACACGACGGCCGGCAGCGAAUCCAGCAAGACGGAUUGAUGACGGUUUACGUCAUCCAGCUGGUCGUUCGGUCCGCUUUAGAAAUAUGCUUCCUGAUCAGUCAGUACGCACUUUAUGGUUUUGCCGUCCCGGGUCAUUACAUGUGCUCGAGCAAACCGUGCCCUCACGUCGUGGAUUGUUUUAUCUCACGUCCGUCCGAGAAGACGAUCUUUUUGUUUAUCAUGUACGUGGUGACCAUACUCUGCUUGCUGCUCAACGUCUGGGAGAUGCACCAUCUUGGACUGGGCACCAUGUUCAACCUCCUGCUGGCCAGAAAGCGGCAUGACGGCCCGGACGACGACCUCGCUGCGUGCGAGGAUAACGGACGAGGAGGACUCGGCGGGUACACGCCGUCCCAGACGUCUCCUUCGGCGCCGCCGGACUACGACAUCGCUGUGAUGGCGGAAACGCCAUUUAAACAAAAGGAGGAGGAGGAGGAGGCGUCACCCAGGGAGCAUCAGCAACAGUACGGAAGCACAGAAGACGACUUCGUCCAGGUCCAGAAACCAGAGGAAAAGAACAGAAAGGCAAAGCAACAGCAUGACCAGAGGAAACAACGUGAACGUGAACGAAACAAGCGAAACAGAAGCAGAGGGGCUCGAGGAGGCAGCUGUGCCAGCAACAGCAAGUCGGACGAAGGGAAGCCAUCUGUUUGGAUCUGAGACGCAAACGGAGGAGAUCCAAACGCCCCAACACCAAAGCUGAACUCGUAUCACUGAGUCUGAGACCUGUACAGAGGAUUAUCGGUAAAGACAGUAAACCUGUAUCCGCAGGCCUCGUAAACACAGCCGGUGAAAGAAACAUGCAGAGAACGUUUAUGUUGUUUUUGUUUUCUUUUGCUGUCUCAGGAGAAGAGCAGCAGCAUGCGCACACACAGCAUUCACACGCUGCUAGCACGAGGACUUCUUGUUAUUGAUUCUUUCUGUUAAAGCUGAGUUGCUGCUGUUCUUGUUUUCUUCUUCUCAUUUGUUUGUGCUGCUAUUACGCGCCUGUAAGUUCUUGUAAUAUUUUAUUUUCUCCUCAUUAGGUUUGAAACACGCAUUCUUUGUCAGAAAGUUCCUUGUUCAGCCCGGAGCAAUAAAUACUUUAUAUUUA